CGUCGGCACAGGGCGGUAAAGUCGACGGACACAAUGAAAUAAUAUAAGUUUUUUUUUUAUUUUGUGGCUACGGCGUUUCCCAAUAUUUUCGAUCUUAAUAUUGUGGAAGAAACUAUUCAGCCGUUAAAAAGAAGAAAAAAAAAACAGAAAAAUGUGUGAAAAUAUAGAAAACCUGAAAAACAUGGAAUGCCUUAACGGCAACGACCCAACGCAGCCCAAUUUCAAUGAUCUCAAUGAUCCAAUGAACCAAAAUAAUCAAGAGGAAAAGAUAGCUGAUUAUUUUCAAGAUUCCGUUAUCCUAGUCACCGGUGGCACAGGUUUUGUUGGAAAGGCAUUGCUGGAGAAACUCCUCAGGAGCUGUCCUGGAAUCGACACUAUAUACGUUUUAAUGAGGCCUAAGAGGGGUCUUUCUGUGGAACAAAGGUAUAAGGAACUUUUGAAGAAUCAGGUUUUCGACCGCAUCCGGGCAAGGUGGCCUGAACGCUUGAGCAAGUUAUAUCCAAUAACCGGUGAUGUAUCGGCUCCUAACUUGGGAGUAAGUGCUGAGCAGCAACUGCUACUCAAGCGCUGUCACACCGUGUUCCACUCGGCAGCAACAGUGAAGUUCACUGAGCCUUUGCACGCAGCUGCUGGACUAAAUGUUCAAGGAACAUCUACUCUGCUAAAGUUGGCGGGAGAUAUGCCUGUUCUUAAGGCUCUAGUACAUGUUUCAACAGCCUACAGCAAUGCCCCUAGGAGUCACAUAGAAGAAAGAGUAUAUCCGCCGCCUUACGAUCCAGAGAGUAUUGUCAGAUGCACAAAAAUGCUGCCAGCGGCUACUUUGGAUAUAAUUGCUGAAUCUUUACAGGGUGACCACCCCAACCCUUACACAUUGACAAAAGCUCUCGCGGAGUCAAUUGUGUACAGCCAUACGGAACUACCAGUUUGCAUUGUUCGACCAUCUAUUGUGACUGCAGCUUUCCAGGAGCCGUUCCCCGGAUGGAUUGAUAACGUGUACGGCGUGACAGGUAUAAUCAUGGAAAUUUCUCGAGGUACCUACCGCUCUGGGUACUGCCGGGAAAGAUAUGUGGUGGAUCUUGUACCGGUUGAUAUGGUGGUCAAUAGCUGCAUAUUAGCUGCUUGGAGACAAGGUUCUAAAAAACCAGGUCGUUGCCCUGUUUAUAACGUUACAUCCGGAUCAAUCAACCCUUUACAAUGGGGUUAUUUCACUAGUCUUUGCGUUAAAUGGGCGAGAGAGAACCCUACAAAAUAUGUCAUGUGGUACCCAAACUUCUCCUUUACUGAGUCAAGAUUCAUGAACACGUUCUGGGAAAUAACUUGUCAUUUUCUGCCAGCGUUUCUUUAUGACUUAUUAUUAAGAGCCCAAGGAAGAAAAGCUAUCAUGAUGAAACUGGCACGUCGAUUCAAAAUGGCGGCUGCGACUGGUGAAUAUUUCGCUAAUAAUGAAUGGCAGUUUGGAGUAUCAGAACUAACCGCGUUGCACAAUGAAGCUAGUGUCGCGAGCGAUUCGAACACAUUCGCUCAUUGGCCAGGACAGUUCAACUGGGAGUCUUACAUCGGCUCUUAUAUGCUAGGAAUCAGAAGAUUUAUUUUGAAAGACGGCACUGAAUCACUACCACAAGCGAGAAGUAAAUUGAAAAGAUUGUAUUGGGUACACAGAUUAGUUCAAGUUGCAACAGGUUACUAUAUUUUCAGGUUUCUUGCUGGACGUCUUCGAUAAAAUUAUUUCUACAAUAAAUAAAAAAAGAUAACUUAAAAUAAUAAUUAUAAGAAAUGAAACAUGGUUAUUGCACACAUAUUCAAUUUAUUGGUUAAAUCGAAUAAAAAUUCUAUCAGAUUUGGAUUACAUAGUAUUUAAACAGACUAUUAAUAACGGCGCCUCAGAAUUGUUACUAUAAAUUAAUUGUCGUAACACAGAUUAUAAAAGUAAGAUUAUAAUGGAUAAGAACAUGAACAGAAAGACACGUGGGUAACUGUAUAUUGGGAACAUGAGGUUUCCAAAAUAACAGUGUUGGGGAAAAUUAUAUUUUAUGGAAAUAAUGCAGUGGCCAAUGAUUUUUUUAAGCAAAUAAUUAGCCCUAUAAUUGUUCGCACCAAUUUUAGGCAAAAGUGUUGAGAAAUAACUAAAUUAUACGCCCAGUUAGUCACUGAGUUAAUUUUUGUAUCCAGGAGAUGAAAUGGUCGUAAUAAAAGAAAUAAAACUUUCUAGUCUAUAAUAUUAUGUACAUACUUGUACAUAACAAUAUGUUAUACAGUUGAUUUCGAUAGAUUUGUUUAAUAGUAAACCGGAAAACUAGAUAAGUAUAACUUUUAAAUCAGACCAGACGUACUUUUACAUUAAUUUAAAUAAAAACAAACAUUUCGAAAUGAUUCAUUGACAACUGAGGAUCAAUCUUCCAAUAUUGUCGAAAAUAACCAUACAAAACGAAUUCAAAGAGCUUAACUUAAGUAAAUGUUAUAAGCUAAUUAAUUAGGACAACAUUGUAAAUUAAAACUUUAUAAUAUUCAUGAAGCUGCUGGGAUAUUUUUCCCUUUAUACAGCGAUAUGAACUUAACCAAAUUUUACUUUAAGAUAAAUUUGUGGAAAAUGGUAUACUAAUUUCUAAUAAAUUAAAUAAUCAUAUUUGUAUCGGCAGUAUAAAUUUAGUUUGAGGCUAAAAUAGUCUAUUAUACGGGUUAAUAUAAAUAAAGGGAGCAACACU